AUGCAACGUGAUCUCAUGGAGCGAAUUCAGUGCGGCAUCUGGCUUGAGGCCCCGGCAAACAUACCUGGGAAAGUUGUGGCCACUAAAGAACGAACUGGUAACUUGAACUUCCUUGAAGUAAGAACGUCUGCUCAUCAGAAGGUGGAAGUGGAGGCUGCUGCUGGCCGGCGCACCUGCAGCCUGUUGCUCUCCAGGCCCCAUGGGCUGCGGGUGGGAAUCCUCCCAGGGCAGGUGGCCGCGCCGUUAAAUGCAGAGCAGCCUGCAGAGCAGAGAGGAGCCGGGCUGUGGGCUCGGCCACGGGAGCUGGAGAUGCAGUUGCCUGACGUGCCGAUGCGGCACAUCUUCUCCUUCCUGGAUGCCGCCAGCUUGCUGCGGGUGGGCCAGGUGAGCAGGUACUGGAAGAACAUUGCGGAUGAGGAGCACCUGUGGAGAAACCUGUGUCAGAGGAGAUGGAGCAUCUCCUGGGAGGGCCUGCAGGUACCCUCGUGGAAGCAGCUCUUCCUCACCCAGGCCAGGCGCGAGCGCUGCAUGAUGGGGGCCCAGCCGCAGGACUUUGCCUACAGAGAGGCCACGGGCGGCCUUGGAAGUGACCCCUCCACAAGUGGACAGAAGCCAGUCAUUUGCACAGUGUCUUCAAGGUACAUGCUCUAUGCCUGGGAUGUGCAGGAGGGCGUUAUGAUCUGGUCCAGCCCCGUCCAGCAGUGCAAGAUCAAGUGUCUGGCGACCCUGCCGCAGAGAUCGCUUGCAGUCACUGUGGAUGCAUGGAACACCAUCAAAGUGUGGAACUGUCGGGAUGUGAACCCUCUGGCGACGCUCACCAUGAGCACGUGCUGCCUUUCCUUGGAAGUCUUCCUCACGGAUGACGGCCCCUUCCUGAUGAUCGGUGACUCUGAAGGGGACAUCUACACACUGACGGUGCCCGAGUUAAACAGCAUUUCUCACGUGAAUGCAUUUGAGUACCCUGUGGACCAUCUGCACUGCUCUCCCAACAGGAAAUGGAUCUUCGCCUGCGGGACCCACCAACACGUAUUGCCAAAGGUGUUUCUGGUGGAGUGCUUACUGAGACCGGCCGUAGGCAGGGCCCCUCUGUUCGUCUCUCUGCCAUUUGCAUUUUGCAGCCAAGCCUGCUGGGCCGUGAAGUGCGUAAACAGGCUGACAAUUAUGUUCCAAGGAGACUUUUUCAGAAGGACAGGGUUCACCACCUUUGAUCUGACAGCCGAGAGCACUGGGGACAGCACCGCCAUCGAAGCCCGUGAGAUUGCAAGCUUCAUGCUGCCAGGUGGUAUGGACGUUCCUGUUUGGAUGGGAGUCCGGGACGGAACCGCAGUUGUCUUUGAAAGCGGGCCACGCCUGUUUCUCUUCACCAUCCAUGGCCUCCUGCUGAAAGAAUUUCAUGACCAUGAGAACACCAUCUGCUACUUAUGGACGGACUCUGUCCACGUCCUCACCACGUCCAGGGAUAACUACCUGCACCUGUACAUGUGGGAAGAGGAAGGCUGGCAUCCGCACCUUCGGAGCUGCUGUCACCUGGAGCACAGAAAGGGUGACAUUAGGCCAAGCUGCUAUGACCCCAUAGCGAUCUGUGACAACACGAGCAUAGUGUGUGUGGUGUCAAAGUGCGGUGGAGCCAGCGUCCUGGUGAUGUAUUCUUUGAAUAUGUGA